AUACAAAUAUAUUAUACGGUCUGUCCGUUCGCGGAUCUUUUUGUGCCGGCUCUAUUUCCCCGCAGGUUUCAUUCAAAUUCACCGAAAGAGCGAGCACGAGGACGCGCCUCGUGGGUGCCGCGAUUGAUGCGGAGCAGAAGGUCGGUCCACGAGUCGCCUCGAGAAGGAUUCCUCCGCGAAGGGAAGGAGAUCGGGCUCCUCUCUCGCCGGAGCGGAGAUUGGAACGGCAGGGAGCGUACACGAGAGCGACUGGUGAGACCGAGGCUAAUACCACUUGGCCACGAGCGAGCGGACGAGGCCUUUCCUCAGUCUUUCACGUCCCGAGCGAGCGGUCACACAGUCGAGAAAGACACACGGUCCCAUUCGCCGGCCCGAGUGUUGUGUGCUCGCGCCUCCAUGCCUUUUUCCGUUCGCCGCGAAGCGAGUCGACUCCCGAGAACAACGACGACAACCACGAGACGUGGAGGGAUACGCGAUUUGACGAUGCGAUCGUAGGUUCCUCUGUCACCAGCGGGGAGGACGCGGUGCAGGUUGCAGGUGGUGUCGUGGACCUGCAGGACCGAGGAAGAGGGUAGUGAAGUGGACGGCCGCUGGAGAAGAGGGAUAAUAUGAGGCUCCUCUGCGUGGUGAUCGCGAUCGUGAGUGCAGCGUUUUUCCUGAUGAUCAUCGGCGGUGCGCGUGGCAGUCGGAGCAAGGUGUUGAAACGAGCGAAGCCGCUCGACCCCGAGGACGACUAUUACUACGAUGAUCCCGUGGACGAGAGGAACAAUCCGACGAACGAGGCGCCAGCCGUGCCACCCGGAUUCCUGAGCCCGUCCGUGCGAGAGUACCUCGAUCUCGGUAAAUCGAUACCUGGUCGACCAGGCACGGAUUAUCCCGUGCUGGGGAAGGUGCCCUACACGAAUUUCUACUGCGACGACCAGUCCUUCCCCGGCUUCUUCGCCGAUGUGGAAACAAGAUGCCAGGCCUGGCAUUAUUGCGACAUAGAUGGCCGACAGGCAACGUUUCUCUGUCCGAACGGCACGCAAUUCAGCCAAGCAGUCUUCGUCUGCGACUGGUGGUUCAAUGUGAGAUGUGAGCUCAGCCCGAAGCUCUACGCCAUCAACAGUCGACUUUACGGUACGCCUACUGAGAGUCCAACCAGACCUCAUCGGCUGAUCACGAAGGAGCUUCUGGAGAAUAUCUUCGUGCGUAGAAAAUGAAGGAGGUGGGCAGGCGAUACUCGUCUCAAAUCGAAGAGAGAGAAAGAGAGAGAACACAAGAGAGCGACUAUUGCCGUUCGAGAUGAAAAGUAUUUUCCUCGCAACGGAGAAAUCGCAAGAAGCGCCGCGAGACGACCGGCCCCUCAAAAAAGGAAUAUAUCAUAAAAAUAUUUCUUUGUGCAUUAAAAAUACGCAGAAAGUAUCAUCCUUUCUCUUCUUUCUCCACAUACAGCCAUAAGUUGUACCUAUCACAUGCUUGAUAGACCGCAUGAUACUCAGGUCCCGGAGCGCAAGGCUUCCAAACGCAAAACCGAUCACAAUCGCUUAAUUAUUCCAUCACUGAUGAAGAUCCUGGCGUGCGAUAGCUACGUCUGGGCCCUAUCAAGACUGGAUCCCCCAAAGGAAACGGAGACACAUUCGAGAGCAUCCGCCGAUAGUCGUCACGAGGAAAGCGUUAAGCCGGGAUGAUCAUUCGGGACAAUCGGGGAUGCUGCAAACAUUGGAAGAGCGUCACGAACAUCGCUCGCGAUACGUCGCGACAAGUCACUCGAGAGCGCACUCGAGCCGCUGAAUGGCGAGACGAGCGAUUAUCGGAGGACAAAUCUUUGCCCAAUGAAUAUCGAAACGAUCGGCCGAAGGCGAGGUCCUUUGCUCGCGAACGAAAACUAGAGCCGAGAGAAUGACGGGGACGUCGGUUGAGCACCGCUGUGUCAAUAAAAGGGGAAGUGGAGGAGGGGUGGAACGCGACUUCCGUCUGCGAUCGUCUUUCCCUUCUGGCGCUCGACGCUAAAAAGCCCCGCAGACUGAAGCCCAUGGCUCCGGCUAUUCCAUCUCUUCCUUCGUGGCGGCGCUUUAUGGGGAUGGACGUCAUCGGCGCGUCCUACCAUCGUACGCUUCGCGUUGCUUCGUGUCGCGUCUCUUAUCGGAUAAGAAGCUUCGAAAGUUGAUUGUUACGGGAGCUAGCAGUCCGGACGAUACGUGCCACCGAUACACCUGUACAAAAAUCAACGAAGUGCUCCGCAAUCGAUCAUCAAACCCGAACACGAUGCACAAUCCAACGGCGAUGCCUCGGUUGCGCUAUAAUUAUAGUCCGGAAGAGAACGUCACGACUCACAACAGCAAUUCCUUGUAAACCGAGUUGUUUUUAUCAAGCUUAAAGUGAAGAUUAAUGUUACCGAAUAUCGUUUAUGAGUAAAACUGGAUUUCGUUGCAAAAGUGGCUUGGAAAUCAAUUGUAAUCUACGACUUGGCGAACAUUGUAGCUCUUGUGCUAAAAGCGAAUCUUCCGUUGCUUGAAUUAUGUUUCUAUGAAUAGUCGAAUAUCGCCAGAAUAUUGUUAAUGCAGUGCUAUAGAAAUCAUACAAAUACAGGACCAGCUUUAAUUGAAAAUAUUAUUUGUUCGUUAAUUAUUUUCAUGCAAGCCGUUGGACAAAAUAAUAGUACGCAAAGAUUAAAAUAUUAUAAGUAAAAGAAAUAGUGUACAUUAAAAAAUUAUAAUUAAUUUCGUUCGAUGACUUAUAUGCGUAAGAGAACAUAAUGAAAAAUGUUACACAUUACGUAAAUUAGAGACAUAUCAGUAAAAAGAAAAGCGUUCAUAAUCCAAAUUAUUAUUUAAAUAAAGCAAUACAAUUUUUACGACACAACGCCGCUAUACGCUUUGCGGAGCUGCGCGGCAGGAAAGAAUCGGCGCGUUUUGUGCGUAACCGCGGCAUUGACGGGCGCAAAAGUCGAUGCUUCCGGAAAUCAAUACCCGAUAAUACAAUUGUGCACGCGUAAUGCCCGAGUGAGAUACGACAACGGCAAGCUUGCCGGCAAUUAGUAAUGGUGUGUCAUGCAAUCGCACGAUAUUUGUUACGGCCCGCGCCGCGCUGAAAACCCGAUCGUCACGCGACGAAUUCUCGCCACGCCGAUAAAGCACGCGACGUGCGACACGCACCAUCGGUUCCGAAUCAAGAUCGCGAACCGUGCGAUUUUUUUGAUCGAACGGGGAAAAAGUGGCGGACACGACUAAUAACGCUCGAUACUGUAUUCCUCUCGAGCGCGCUUCAGCACGUAGCGUUAAUUAGUUAAUUGUUGAAAUUGUAAAUGAGCAAGUGUAUGCGUAUAUGCUUCCCGCGUAACGUCGAUGUUUUGCAAGCGAUUUCUAUGGUGGUAUGAACAUGUGCCUUUUUACUUGAUACAAUAUUUCCGCGCGAGUCUUGUACAUAAUAGAGAUAAACUGUAGAUGUACUAAGCCGUUACAUGCCGAUUGUCCCACAGCGUGAUGAUGUAAGCUCGACCUUGUGUCAGAAAUAAAUGAAUGAAUGUUCAAACUAUCCGGGAUAUGUAGCAAUAAAUUCGACGUCUCAUCAGCGAGGAAUCAGGAUUCUAAUAAAAGGCAAUGAUCGAGAACGAAGCUGCGCAAUUAAACGAGAUAACCCGGGGCUCAUUGGGCAGUUAGUAGUUUCUUUGUGGAGAAUGUAAUCUUCGCAAAUUGGACGCUGUACAAGAAUGCCGUUACUGAAAUUUUUAUUUAAUAUAAAAGAGAGAGCUUUAAGCGGCAGGAAAUUACGGUAAAUUAGUUCGAGAAGUUUUCGGUACGGUGUAUCUUUAAUAAGAGAUGCCGACCUUCGCUAACCAAUUUGCUAAUGAAGAACAAAUAACGGAGACAAUUUUAGUGAAAUUAAAGAUUACUUUUUAAACAAGUGACAGGAUUUAAGUCGGCGAAGUCAUGCUUAAUUUGGUUAUACUUUAAGAAGAAAAUUCUUCACAAAUUUAUUCUGUGUACGGUUUUAUGCACAGUGUGACUAUGGCGUACUUGAUUAAUUGACAGCGACGUUUUUUAACUGUAAUCUGCGAUUUCAAGCAUUAUUUCCGAUUCCUGUUUAAUUCAAUUUUACCGUCGCGCCAACCAAUCGGUAGCGUAAAUAUAAUAAUAAAAAUUAUAUGGCCAUAAUUUAAUAUUAGGCAAUCUAUCAAACUUUAGCAUUUCAAGCAGGAACCUAUCGAUAAAAAAUGAAUUUCAUGAAAAGCAAAAAAGAUUUAAUUUAUCUUUGAUUUAGUUGAUUAUAAACUGUUUGAUUUCUAACACGUUGCGAAAUCAGUGAGUAAAAUGAUUUUGUUAACAAUAAGUUUGAUAAUUUGAUAAAAUGCGAUACCUUGGAAUCACUAAUGGAAAAGACAUUUAUGGCGACAGUGCGUAAAGCGAAACAACCAGUAAGUAUUACCAGUAGGUAUUACCAAUGAUCAGACAAUCGAAAGCAUCCUUUUGCGUAAUAUGAGAAUUGUUAAAAAAUAUCGCGAAUGCUGUUAGUGGAGUGACGACGAUGGCCGAAUGCGGUCAAUGCGGCCGCUGCUGAUUCAACUCUCCGAACGCUGAGGCUGAUAUAAAAUAUCAGGUAUCCGCGAUGCGUUAAAUGAACCGCAAGUUGCGUUCCACAAUAUAAGUGAUUUUGCUAGCGCAUCAGAUUUUUUUCCGCAAGCUGAGUUAGCGCGGUGCGCGAUGGUACGUUUUGUGGUUUGCCUCUGGUUUCCGUUUUAAUUUUAUUUUUUUCUCUCGGUCGUGCUAUUAGAUUCGUUUCGAAUUGUGUGGCUGGCAUCCACCGUAUUGUGUGCGUGUGUGUCUAUGUGUUGUGCGUGUGACACGGCACACAAUCAACGCAAUCACUUUGUCGCGUCGUUUGAAUUUCCACUGCAAGUUGCUUUUACGUCGCAGAAUUUUUUUCUACGUCAUGUAAUGUUUUUCACAACCGACGUUCUUCAGAAUCUUACAGAAAUAACGCUCGUAGAAUGUCGUUGUUUCGCGGGGUAUUGCUCCAAAAGUUCCUGUUGAACUCGCGAAGAGUUCUCAGUUCGCUUUGCUCCAUUCCGUGCUUUGGUCUUAGCAGCCUUGUAGCCGGUCUUCCACGUUCGUGAGGGCCAUCACACGUAAUCCUUCGCUCGAGCACGACGAGUGCCACCGAUAUACAAAAUCGUUUAUUCAAAACGGCCGUAAAGUGCAAUCGUUCGGUACUGGAGAGCGCUUAGACCGAUUGUCCAGGAGAGUAAACGCGCGGAUUGGCAAAGCGGGUGAACGACGAGGAUCGAGCGAAGCUCGCCGAAGGGGUCUAAGAAUCCAUCAACGAAACUGGUAAUCAGGUGGGGCAGCUAGCACGAACCACUUUCAGAGAUCCAAUCUCGCCGGGAGUUCUGCCCCUCGCCCGCUCCUUUCCUUGCAUUUUUCUUCCCUCCCUCAUUUCGUGCAAGUGCAGUACGUGCGAUCAGUGCAACGCCGUCGUCCACUCCUCCCCGUACUUGAAUCCGUCCAAUUUUGCGGGCGAGUCCGCACUAGCAGCUGUUUGACAUGUCCACAAACGCGUUGGACGUAGAUUUGAAUCCUUUUUCAUAUUUAAUCCAUCGAAGAUAUGACAGAUCGAAAGAUGUAAAUUUAAACGCGAAAGAAACAAUAAGCUAUCCGUUACGUAAAUGUAAUUCGUCGCCUUUCUGAUAAAGAAAAGGAUGAAGAAGACCUAUAAAAAUAACUGACGUCUUCAGCGAUCAAAUCAAGGGACCAAACUGAAUUAUUCCUGUGCGAGCGGCACAAUUGAGAGUUCCUGCGAAUUCCCUUCGUAAUUUCGGAGGCGAUGGACCGAAAUUCCAGAUACUGACGCGGUCGAAAAACGACCGUCUGCUGAUAUUCGCGGAGACGCGACACGACCGUGCCUUUAAUUGCGAGACUCUUUUGACGGCACUUUUAAAGCCGGAUGCAAAUGAAUCAUAAAACUGGGCACUCGGCAGGGAAAGAGGGAAUGACUGGAGGAGAAAAGGUGGCCUAGCUCAUUUACGAGUAUGGAAAGUUUUUAGGUCCGUUAAGUCCAGUCGAGUCAAGUCGCAUAGCGGCGAACGAGAGGGCCUGUUUUAUCGGUGUGCGAGUUCGAAAGUAAUUCUCCUACUUGACGGCAAGACCGACAGGCCGCGCGACUCGGGACUAACUUUCGCAGAGUUGAGGAACAUGCCCCGUUCGUCUCGGCAUCCUUACCGAUUGUUCGCUCCGAGGUAAUUUCACUUUGCGGCGUUGCGCGUUCGGCGUUGCGGAUGUCGACGCAUUACUUUUACUCCUAUUUCUCCGUGCGUUCGGUGUUACCGAAGCAGGAAGUUUACGAGGAAUCAAACAGAUUAACUUCCGACAGCGUAAUUGUCUCUCUCUCUCUCUCUCUCUUUUCAUACAUAUGUACGCUGUACAUAUUAAUACUUCGCUGUAGUGCAAUGCAAAGAGAUCGCGUCUUCGUUGUUGCGAAAGAAUGGGAGAUUUUGCGCGCUUCUUGCUGUAAUAAAGAUCGGCAAAAAUAAGACUGUCCCUCCCGAGUCAAUUUUGCAAGGACUCCAUUCCUCUCUAAGUGUGCCAGUUCUCUGUAAGACGUUAAACAUUUCUCUCUAAGUGCCAGUUCUCUGUAAGACGUUAAACAUUUCUCUCUAAGUGCCAGUUCUCUGUAAGACGUCAAACAUAGUUUCGAUUUUCCUGCCCAUUUGCACAGACAUUUGCGAAUCCAAAGCCGGUCCGAUCCGUUGACUGCACAAAUAUGCGCGAUUGUGUGCAUGCGUACGAUGCAUCCGAUAUUUUAGAUGUGUAUGUAUAUAUAUUUUGCGCGCGGAUAUUGGCUAGAGAUGUACAUAGUAGGGAUGGGCGAUGUUGUCUCGAUGCAUCGGUCUUCGAUAGAUAAUAGAUUAUUUUCGGCGAUGUUUUUUAUUUCGAUUAAUCAAUUAUUCAAUGUUAUUAUUGUUCUUAUUCGUUUAAGAAAUAAUCAAUCAUGUGUAAUCGGUUAUCUGGACAAGCGAUUAUUCAAUAAUCGAUUGUUUUUCCCGACAUCGCCCAUCCCUAGCACAUAACACGCAAACGAAUUAUUUUCGUUCGCAUAAACAAAGCCGCGCGCGCGCGGGACUUGAAAGGGGAGUUUAAAUUGUUCGCUAGUUUUACGCGCCCGCGGCGCUCUCGCUAUCCCUCCCGCCCUCUUACCCCUUUCAUCCCUGGUCCACUCUCUUCACUGUAUCUAACUCUCUCGAUAUUCCUUCUCCCUCCGCCCCUUCGGUUCCCAUCUCGCUCUUUCUCAUUCCCCUCUUCUUUCCCUCUCUCACCCUUGCGGAGCGCGUGUUGUUGCUGCUGUUGCCGCUGUCCAUCAGGAAAGAUCCCGGGAUGCGAGUCUGCGCUUGAAGCCCAUUGAUUAACCGUUGUCUGCCGCAUGCUGCGAGCGAGAGAGGAAGCGGAAGAGCGCUCUGGCGCUCACGCGAGGCGAGGCGAGAUGAAACGAGUCGAGAGGAGCGGAGCGGGAGAGGGAUGAGCAGAGAGGAGAGAGAAGCUCGCGCGUUUAACGUGCCCACGAGCAACGUUUAUGAAAACUUUGUGCAUCGACUGCACCGCAGCAACGAAUAAAAUAACGUCCUGGAUUAUUCCGGCCUCACUCUUUCGUCUUUCCCUGCGCUCUAUCCCGAUCCGUGGCUGAGUCCCUCGCUCAAAUUAUCAACGUUUUCCAUUUUGUAUCGCCGAUUACUUGCCCCGGAGCCCAUUCAUCGGCAGCGACGAUAAGCAACGUCAAAGAGCUCCGAGCUGGCUACACUCAAACGCUGUGUGUCCUACCUGCGUUAUUAAUGAAGCAUUUUCCGGCUAGUCGUUAUUAAUAUAUCCUCCUGCUACGAUGAGGCACAAUGCCAGUCUAGGCGAGCUGGGCAUGUGUCUAGGGCUCGUAAAUUAUGAGGCACACAAGCAAAAUUGACAUGCCACUAAAAAAAGGCUGCUAAAAAGAAGCAUCUCCCAUUUUAAUUUUCACAUCCAGCUUCGUAUUUGUAUUUUUCCUCGCUGUUAAAACGCACUGUAAGGCAGGCAUUGGAUAAUAUUUUGUCCAGAGUUUCGCGUGUAUUGGAGAGUUAAAUCUUUAGUGUAUGUAUGGUGGAGAAGUAUGACUGUAUGAAUAAAUGAAUAAAUGCUCUUCGGAUGAGACGCGGCGAAUGAACGUUUUCACGGAAAAACAGUAUGGAUUUUCAGGGACUCUUCUACGAUGACAGAGUAUUUCAAAUAUGUGCAGUAUUUACGCUACUUGCAGUGACGUUCUCGUUUAUCACAAAGGAUUAAAGCGACAAUUGUUCGAUCGUGUAUGUUUCGUACAACCUGGUGCGACACGGUGUUAAUGCAUUAGGGUUUACGAGGAUUAUAAGGAAAUAACGUCGCAGUGAGCGAUUAGCUCUGACAAUGUAAAUUAAAACGAGAUUGAUCACUGUUUUAAUGUAAUACCGUAAAUAUAUUGAGAAAAAUGCACGAUCGAUGAGAAAAGUGAAUACACCACUCACCGAAUGAAGGCAAUCAGUGAUUUAUAGGAUUAUCAUCUUACCUGAAACAGAAAACAACAAACAAUGUAAUUUAAUGUACUUGAA